GAGUGGGGGAGAGAGAGAGAGCAAACAGAUUCCACAAAAAUAAAAGAGUCUUUUCUGAAAACUGAUUUUCCAAAACCGAAAACGUCUUUUCUUCCACUCGUAGCGRACGGAAAAAACUCUCGCCCCGUCGCCCCGUCUCCGGCGAUCGCCUCCCCCAAUUCCGGCUUUCUUGCUCAUACUUGUUGCAGGAAGUUUCAAUCUAUGCGCAGCUUUUUCGUUCGAGAUCCAUGCACGGUAUCUUCUAGAAGUUAAGGAGGUGGUUUAGAACUCUCAUGAAGAUUAUGUUACCGGUUCAAAUUCUGGACGUGCUCCCCUUCUGGAUUAAACACUUUUCAGUSUAGGACAGAUAGAAGAACUAAUUCCUCUUUUGGGGGAUCCUAUAUUCACGUCRUCUGUACAAGUUGAUUUGGAUUUGGUAGUGUAUACUAUGUAGUCUUAUAAAGCUUCCUCUCUGGGACACAGGACAGGAUGGAGUCCCUACAGGUCCAAAUUGAUGACGAGAGUAACCAAGAUGAGCCUGAAGUAGCAACUUGGACAGACGCUGAAGAAAAAUGCUUUAUUGAUUUAAUGAUACAUCAAGUGAAGGCAAACAAUAGGCCUACUUCUACUUUUAACUCUGAAGGGUGGAAGUAUAUUGUGGAGAACUUCAACAAAAUGAACAAAAAGAAUUAUAGUAGAGAGCAAUUCAAAAAUAAGUAUCACCAACUAAGGAGAAGGCGUUCCAACUAUUAUACCAUUGUGGGGUACCCAGGGGUGUCAAUAGAUCCUGUCACAAAGAAACCAAUAGCAAAUGUGGAUGUUUGGGAGAUGCUCUAUGCGAAGCACAAAUUUUCCAGACAAAUUAGGAAGAAGGGAUGCCCAUUUUUGGAUGAGUUAGACUUUGUAUUCUCAGGAAUAAGCGGUAAUGAAGAUUUGCCAAUUGGAAACAGUGAGAACCCUUCAAAUGAUGAAGUAAAGCAUGUUCCAGAAACAUCAGAUCCUCAUGGUACUUGGGCACAGAAUACUGCUGCAAUUGAUGAGAAUAAACUAAUCGAGUCAGCAACUUGGACAAACGCUGAAGUAAAAAGUUUUAUUGAGUUGAUGGUGCAUCAAGUAAAGGCAAACAACAGGCCAACUUCUACUUUUAACACUGAUGGGUGGAAGUAUAUCAUGGAAAAUUUCAACAGAAUCAACAAAAAAAAUUACAAUAAAGAGCAAUUCAAAAAUAAGUACCACCAACUAAAGACGACACAUUCCAACUAUUACACCAUUGCAGGGCAUGCAGGGGUGUCAAUAGAUCCUGUUACAAAGAAGCUAAAGGCAAGUACUGAUGUCUGGGAGAGCCUCUAUGCGAAGUACAAAUGGGCCAAAAAAAUUAGGAAGAAGGGGUGCCCGUAUUUGGAUGAAUUAGAUUUCAUAUUCUUAGGAACAAAUGCCAGUGGAGAUUUUGCAUUUGGAAACAAUGAAGAYCCUUCAGAUGAUGAAAUAAAACAUGUUCCUGAAACUUUGGAUCCUCGUGGUACUUGGACACAGAAUACUAAUGCAAAUGAAUCAGCUGCAGAGAUUUCUCAGACAGACUUCAUUGAUGAGUCCAAUGAGCGUCACACCAGGAAGAAUAACCUUUUAUCAUUAAUGAGGAAGUCCAAGAAACCCAGACAGUCCUCUAAGAUGAUGUUUGCCAUGCAAGCAUGGGCAGAGGCAAGCAAGAACAAAUCUAAGUUGUAUGAGAUGCAGUUAGCUGAAAUAAAGGAGGCUCGACGGCAGAUGCAAGCACAAGUUGAGAAGAGAGACACUUCUGUUACCAAGUGUAUGGAAGUAGUGAAUGAUAUACAUGCUCAGCAUGGGCUUCGAAUUCAACAAGUUAAGGCAGCAACUGAGUUGUUUGAAAAAGAACAUUGGAGAGAGACAUUCUUGGGCAUGUCUAGGGACUUGCAGGUAGCAUGGCUGCAGGACCUUCAGGGAUAAGAUGUGUCCCUAGCCCCUAAAUGAUUUAGAAUUGUAGCCAUUGGAAGUCUGUUGUUUUAUGACCUCUAGAUAGUUUGGAACUAUAGUUUUCUUUUGUAUUUAUUUAUUUUUUUCUCCUUUGGUCAGUUCCUGAUAGACAUAUGUUUAUCUAUGUUCUUCUGUAUGUCUGAUAGUGGUUAUAGUAUCAUUGAUGUAUAAUAGAUGGAUGAUACUGGGGUCAAUUGGAACUUGAGGGGGCAAACUCUUCUUCUACCUGUGGGCAUUUUUCUUUUAUUGCCCAACGUGGGAGGAUCACUAGUGGUAAGGUAGAUCGGCUUCUUGAUGAUCAGAAACCAAACAAUCAAUUUUGGUAUCAUGGUCUUCAACAGAUCAACUUGAAGAGCAUCAAGUUCAUCCGUGCAGCCAACACAACAAACAUUUUACUACUUGCAUGCUUUGGGUACAAUUUGUAAUGCUUCAUGCUUUAGUUGUUAACUUUUAUGUUAUUGUUUAUUAA